CAACGAACCCAAAAGAACAUGGAAAAGAACGAAAAUUCUUAAAACCAAGAAAGGAAAACAGAAAAACAGAAUCCCUUUCUGUCAAUUCUUGCACCUAUGCCUCACUUCCUACAAAUCUGAACCCCAACGCAAAAAAAAAAAAAAAACCGCCAUGACCGAUCAUCACCACCGGUUCGGCCAGCUACGGUCCACAUCCCAGAUCCUAAAAAAGACUGCCGUGCAAUUCGCCGCCCACCCUUUCGCAUUCCUCUUCCUUUCUUUCCUCCUCCUCUCUUUCCGUUCCUUAGUUGAAUCCGGUUCUCUGCUCCUCACCUCCUUCAUCGACCGCGAUCCUUCUUUCAAAUCCCUCCUUUCCCGCCUCGACCUCCACCCUUCUCACCCUCACGCGCGUCUCCACCCCACUCGUCGCCCCACGCGCCGUCCUUUCCUCCACCUCACGCGCGUCGGCACUCUCGACGACGACUUCUUUUCUUCCGACGACGAUCACCGCGACCGCUCCCCCUUCGGUUCUUUCCCUAACCGCCCCCUCAAUGGCACGCCGGUGAUUCUUUCCAACUUCGACACUAAAUUGGGGUUUUCGGAUUUCGUUGCCGAUAACGGAAUUCUGCUGCCGGAAAUUGUUCGUUAUGGAGUCAAAUUUAAAGCAGCCUUGUUUGACUACGAAAAUAAUGAAGGGGAACAACAAGAAGAAAGAAUUGUGGAUUUUCAGUUCGUUUAUAAAGGAUUGGAGUUGGGACGACGUGACGCGGCGGCGCUGUUCUUUCUCGUCAGCUUUUUAUCGGCAGCUUAUGGAUGGGUAAUUCUAGGGUUUACAGCGAUUUACUCUUUGGUCUUGGGUGUUCUUUUUGUUACAGUUGUUAAUGACUUGAUUGGAAGAUUUGUUUCCUUUUUUGGGGCUUUUUGGGAUGGGUCGAAAAUGGGUUUGAAAAGACUCACUGGGUUCGUUUUAAUGAAAUGGGCGGUGAGAGACGCGGUGACUCAGCUUCUUGGAUUAUGGUAUUUCGGAGAAAUUGAGGAUCAUUACUCGUUUUUCAAGCUUUUUGUUAGGUUAAAGUUGAUGCCUUUUUCAGUUAUGUCACCGUGGAUUAGGGGUUUCGAGAAGGAGAUUUCAGGGUUUUUAUUUACGUGGUUUUUGGUGGAUACUUUAGUUUCAUUUGCAUUUUCAUUAGCUGCUUGGAUUGCUAUUGUGGAUUCGAGGAGAACCGGGAGGGAAAUUAUUAAAGAAGGUUGUUAUUUGAUGUCAACAAUGUUGAACCAAGCGAUACAGAUUAAGUGUUACGAAGCUAUCGUAGGUGGGUCUCUUGCAAGAUGGGUUUUGACUUUUAUAGGUGGGGAAUUUUUCGCUACCCUUAUUCAGGCAGCUUUGGAGGUGUACUUCAUGUUAGCUUGGUUGAUAUUUUACUUUGUGGCUAGGUGUAGGGAAGCUACUGCAGAGGGUAGGAGGUAUGGGAGGAGAGAAUUGGAGGCUUUGAUUGAUGGACUUAGAUGAUACUCAAGUGGGAAAAAAAUGGGUGAAAGUUACUUUUGCUGCUAGAAUUUUCGACUGUGACGCUGAAGAUAGCUGAAGAUGGCGGCAAUCUUUCAACGCUUAGAGUCUUCCUGUUUUUGCAGUGCUAGCGAUGCAAUACUGCCAUUGUUUGUUGUAAGAACCUGCCAAUGCAUUGCAUGUACUUUUAUCACGAGGCAAUAUAUUACCUGUGUAUAUUUUCCACAACAUUGCUUCUCUGUGUAUAUUCUGUUGCAAUCAAUUGUUUUUUACUGCUUUGCAGUACUUGUUCCUCGCUGGUAUCAAUGAGAAUGGUAAUGGUUUCCCAUGCCCCAAAUAGCACUUAUGUUGUUAUACAUAAGACCAUUAUCUUUGUGG